GACUAAUAAUAUAAAUGUCAACCUCAGCAGCUACGCUUUAUGUCUGAGAGGUUAACUCUUUCAAAGGACCCGUUUGGUAAUAUCAUUCAGUGCAGGGCAUUUACUACGAACGCAACGUCAGUUAGGUUUAUGUUGGUGAAGCUCAACUGGGAAAAUGUAAACGUAAGCCAGGCCACAUAGCGGAACGUGGCUGUAUUAAACCACACGAGAAUAUAAAUGAUUUCAUGAACGCAUUUGCAGAUUUGGUCUUCAGCAGUGGUGAAGAUGCGGAAGGACGUCAGAAUAUUACUGGUGGGAGAGCAUGAAGCCUGCUUGCAUCAAAGCGCUGACUCGCAUCUUCAAGGUGUCAGACCUGGACAACGAUGGGAUUCUCAAUGAUAACGAGCUCAACUUCUUCCAGAGGACAUGCUUCAAUGCCCCACUGGCGUCUCAGGCUCUGGAGGAUGUGAAGAACGUUGUGAGGAAGAAUGUGAUCGACGGUGUGUGUGACAACGGCCUCACUCUCAAAGGGUUCCUGUUCCUCCACACCCUCUUCAUCCAGAGGGGGAGACAUGAGACCACUUGGACGGUCCUCAGGAGGUUCGGCUACGACGACGACCUGGAACUCCACCAGGACUACCUGUUCCCACUCACGUUGAAAAUACCUCCAGACUGCACCACCGAGCUGAAUCACGAUGCCUACCUCUUCCUCCAGAGUGUCUUCGACAAACAUGACAAGUUUCCAUUCACUCCUCUGUUUUUCCCUGUGCCCAGGUUGACCACCUACCUGGAUGUCCAGCGCUGCCUGGAGUACCUGGGUUACCUUGGUUACCCCAUCAUCUCUGAGCAGGAGUCCCAGGCAGUGGCCAUCACAGUGACGAGGGACAAGAAGAUUGACCUGCAGAAGAAGCAGACCCAGCGCAGUGUGUUCCGCUGUAAUGUCUUCGGGGACAGCGGCAGUGGCAAGAGUGGCUUCCUGCAAGCCUUCCUCGGAAGAAACCUGACGCGUCAAAACAUCAUUAGCGAACAGCAUAUGUCCUACUAUGCUAUCAGCACUGCAUAUGUGUAUGGUCAGGAGAAAUACCUACUGCUCCACGAGGUCUUCCCAGACUUUAACGUCCUCUCGGACGCUGACCAGGCUUGUGACAUUGUGUGUCUGGCGUACGACGCCAGCAACCCCCACUCGUUCGAGUACUGCGCCAGAGUCUUCAAGCAAUACUUCAUGGACACCAAGACGCCGUGCAUGAUGAUCGCAGCCAAGUCGGACCUCCAGGAGACCAAGCAGCUAUACGCCCUCACCCCUCUGGAGUUCUGUAGGAAGCACAAGAUGCCUCCUCCACAGGCCUUCACCUGCAACACGGCAGACGAACCCUGCAAAGACAUCUACACCAAACUCACCACCAUGGCCAUGCACCCUCAUGCUCGGCUGCGCUGUAUGUGUACCUGUAACAGGUGCACCUUCUGCCACCUGCAGAACUUCAUCAACUCAGAGCUGGUGCAGACAGUGAAGGCCAAGCUCUACACCGCCAUUCUCAGCAGACAUGUGACACAGGCUGACCUGAAGAGCUCCACCUUCUGGUUGAGAGUGAGCGUGGGAGCCACCGUGUUUGCCGUGCUGGGUAUCGCCAUGUACAGAGUGCUGCUCAAACAACGGUGAUCCAAUGCAAACCCAACCUUUGCGAGACUUGUACCCAAAUCUUUUUGUGCUGUUUUGCCAACUAUUAUGGUGUAUGGAGUGAAUCCUAGCUUCCAGAUAAGUUGAAUUUACACUUAGUCUCCCAUUGACAUCAAUACAUGACUAAGUGAAAAUUCAACUUAAGUGCAAGUUCUGGAUCUGCCCCAUAGGCAAUAGGAGAUGGCAGGACAGCACAGACAGAUCUGGGACCAGGCUAAACCUGGCACCCUCUCCCAAUAAAUAGCUCUCUAAGAUCCUAAAAGAUCCAGUAUGUCCCCCAUGUGAUGAGGGGGAAAAAAGCUAACGUUAUUUAGUUUUAUACCUAGAGAUUUCACAAGAAAAUGACUGCUAUUGUUCUUUAUUUUGGCUUCUGCACGUCUGUGCUCAAAAGUAUAUCAUAUUUAUAUUGAAAAUGUGAUUAUAUAACUACUACUGAUGAAGCUAGUGAUUUCUUCUCUUUGUGCAAAAUAUAAAUUUAUUUUGGUUACCUGUGUGGAUUGAAAUGGGAAAACAAUUCCAUCUUAAGCAGUUGAAGUAAGGGUAGUGAAAUGAGUAUGCAAAAUAACCAAUACCAUACACAAAAAUAUAUGCUUUAAAACAAGCACUGAAACAAUGUGGAAAUAAUGUAUAUAUAACUGCUUGUAUAUUUGUUUUCCCUUGAACAAACGGGACUGUAUGAAGUUCAAAUGCUGACUCUAUAAUGGCACAACAAAGCCACAUUCAAUGCUAUAAAGGCAUUAGCUUUCCAUCAUGUAUUUAGUAUUUUCAAAUGUUCUCAAACCAGUUCAGUAAAGGCUGUUCUACUGUUAUUAAAAUGUUGUUCUUUAGUUUGCCUUCCAGGGUCAGAAGCUCGGUGGCACACUUACAAAUUUGUAAGGCUGAAUCAGCCCAUAUUCAAUCAAUGGAUGUUCCGUAUGGGAUGAUACUUUUUGGGUGUCUGCGCCUUACCCCUAGAACUCAGUAAGGCAGAAGUAGCCUCUGUAGCCCACCCAUGGCUUCCUGUAUGGGUAUGGACCACCCAGGUGGUGUGUGUGUUGGGCAUGCAUGUCAAGUCAAAUUGUGUGUGCUUGCUAUGUGUGUAUGUGAGGCUGUGCAGUUAUUGUAUUUGCAUGCUUUGCUUUUUCUGAUCAUCCUCCAAUAUUAUAAUAUCAAAUAUACUGUUAUUAUGAAGCCAACAUUCUUCUCAAUGGUGUUAUUCCAAUUAUCCAAAUGUUAUCCAGCACCCCCAACUCCCAGAACAUUAGGACAAUUGUGUUUCACGUUUGCCUUUCCAAUGUUUAUAAUAAAUAAAUCUACUUUAA